UCAGUUUAAUAGGAAAUGGGUGCGUUUCCUGAUAUAGCUAUCGUCGCAUACAGUGUUGGCCCGGACACCGGACGAUACGCCAGUGCCGUCAACAGCCGGUCUCUUACAAAAAUAAACACCAAAAUGGUGAGAGUAGACGUCAAAUACACGAAGCUGUUCAUUAACAACGAGUGGGUAGACGCUAUCAGCAAAAAAACCUUCCCGACCAUCAACCCUCAGGAUGAGUCGGUCAUCACACAGGUCGCCGAAGGCGAUAAGGCUGACGUAGAUCUGGCUGUAGCGGCAGCAAAGAAGGCAUUUCACCGGUAUUCGGCAUGGCGUACCAUGGACGCUUCGCAGCGUGGCCUGCUGCUGCUCAAGCUGGCUGACCUCCUCGAGUCCCAGGCUAGGUACCUGGCGGAGCUGGAGACCCUCGACUGUGGCAAGCCCGUCAAGCAAUCAGAGGAAGAAGUCUAUUUCUCAGCAAGUGUUCUCAGAUAUUACGCAGGAAAGGCCGAUAAAAUACUGGGCAAUACUAUACCCGCAGACGGUGAUGUAUUAUCGAUGACUCUCAAAGAGCCUGUGGGUGUAUGUGCUCAGAUUAUUCCUUGGAACUAUCCCAUUCCUAUGCUAACGUGGAAAAUUGCACCAGCAUUGGCAGCGGGUUGCACAUUGAUCGUUAAGCCUGCCGAGCAGACCCCGCUGACGGCUCUCGCUGUCGCCGCCCUUAUCAAGGAGGCCGGGUUCCCCGCGGGAGUCGUGAAUGUGGUCCCGGGCUACGGCCCCACGGCCGGCGCCGCGCUCACUCACCACCCGGACGUCGACAAAGUUGCCUUCACCGGCUCUACUGAGGUUGGCCGUAUUAUUUUGGGUGCAGCAAGUGUUGCAAACUUGAAACGAGUUACGCUCGAGUUGGGCGGAAAGAGUCCUUUAGUAGUGUUCAAUGAUGCUGACGUGGAGAAAGCAGCACAAAUCGCCCACGCAGCUGCCUUCGCCAACGGCGGCCAAUGCUGCUGCGCCGGUACCAGGACCUACGUUCAGUCUGGCGUAUACGAUCAGUUCGUUCAGAAGGCUGCUGAGAUCGCCAAGCGCAGAUCUGUUGGCAACCCCUUUGAUGAUGUUCAACAGGGACCUCAGAUUGAUCAAGAGAUGUACACGAAGGUACUGGGAUUUAUUGAAGCAGGAAAGAAGGGAGGGGCUAAAUGUGUGGCCGGUGGUGACAAGUUAGGAGGCAAGGGUUACUACAUCCAACCCACUGUAUUCGCAGAUGUGAAAGAUGACAUGAAGAUCGCUAGAGAAGAAAUCUUCGGUCCAGUGCAGAGCAUCUUCAAAUUCGAAACGUUCGACGAAGUGGUGGACAGAGCCAAUGAUUCUGACUACGGUCUAGGCGCCGGGGUCAUCACGAAUGACAUCACCACCGCAAUGACGUUCGCUAAAUAUGCCAGGGCGGGUACGGUUUGGAUCAACAUCUACGAUCAUGUUACGAGUCAAACUCCGUUUGGUGGUUUCAAGAAUUCUGGGCUUGGGCGGGAAUUGGGAGAAGAUGGUAUCAACCAAUAUUUGGAAUCGAAAACUAUUACAAUGGCUUUACCUAAAAUCCCACAAUUGUAAGAAUAAAACAACAACAUUAUGCAGUUAACGAUGCGGAUAUCAUACGUAAGAAAGGAUUGUAUACUUAGUUAAUUGUUAUCUACAAUCAAUGAAUGCGUAUGUCGAUAUAUUAAAAUGAAAUUAUACUA